UUGGUUACUGGCGAGCCCGGCGCUCCCCCGGCCCCUGUCUCCCGGGUCUCUUGAGGAGCCCGGGAAGGAGGCUCGGCUCGCGCAGCCGGGGCAGGGGCUUGCCGGGACCGGGCUGCGGCAAUCGUUAGCGGGCCAUGUCGGCUGCCCAGGGCUGGGACCGGAACCGCCGGCGGGGAGGAGGCGCGGCCGGCGGGGCCAGCGGGGUUAGCGGGGCUGGCGCGGCCGGCGGGGGUCGGGGCACCGGACAGCUCAACCGAUUCGUGCAGCUCUCCGGACGGCCGCACCUGCCAGGUAAGAAGAAAAUACGAUGGGACCCAGUUAGGAGGCGCUUCAUUCAGUCCUGUCCCAUCAUAAGGAUCCCUAACAGGUUCUUGAGAGGCCACAGACCUCCCCCAGCCCGCAGUGGACACCGUUGUGUGGCAGAUAAUACCAAUCUGUAUGUGUUUGGAGGGUAUAACCCAGACUAUGAUGAAUCGGGAGGGCCGGAUAACGAAGACUAUCCUCUCUUCAGGGAGCUCUGGAGGUAUCAUUUUGCAACAGGCGUGUGGCACCAGAUGGGCACAGAUGGCUACAUGCCCCGGGAAUUGGCAUCUAUGUCACUUGUGCUGCAUGGAAACAACCUGUUAGUAUUUGGAGGUACAGGCAUCCCGUUUGGUGAGAGCAACGGCAAUGACGUCCAUGUCUGCAAUGUGAAGUACAAGAGAUGGGCUUUACUCAGCUGUCGAGGGAAGAGACCCAGUCGUAUAUACGGACAGGCCAUGGCCCUCAUCAAUGGGUCCCUUUAUGUCUUUGGGGGAACAACCGGCUAUAUCUAUAGCACAGACCUGCACAAGUUAGAUCUCAACACCAUGGUGUGGACACAACUCAAACCAAACAACCUGUCCUGUGACCUGCCGGAGGAGAGGUACAGACAUGAGAUUGCUCAUGAUGGGCAGAGGAUUUACAUCUUGGGAGGAGGUACUUCCUGGACAGCCUAUUCCUUAAACAAGAUCCAUGCAUACAACCUUGAAACCAAUGCGUGGGAGGAGAUCGCAACAAAACCUCACGAAAAAAUAGGUUUUCCUGCAGCCCGACGAUGUCACAGUUGUGUUCAAAUAAAAAAUGAUGUCUUCAUUUGUGGCGGCUAUAACGGAGAAGUGAUCCUGGGAGACAUCUGGAAGCUGAAUCUGCAGACUUUUCAGUGGGUGAAGCUCCCUGCCACCAUGCCAGAGCCUGUUUACUUUCACUGUGCAGCUGUCACUCCUGCUGGUUGCAUGUACAUCCAUGGAGGAGUGGUUAACAUCCAUGAAAACAAACGGACUGGCUCGCUGUUUAAGAUCUGGCUGGUGGUACCUAGCCUGCUGGAACUGGCAUGGGAGAAGCUGCUUGCGGCCUUCCCCAACCUAGCAAACCUCUCACGAACACAGCUUCUGCACCUUGGACUCACACAGGAACUCAUCGAGCGUUUAAAAUGAGAAUUUCUGGACUGUUCAUUGAUACUGGAAAUGUUAAUUUAAAGAGACUCCUUUAUUUAUGGGCAGUGUAGAAUGUGCUACAAAGAGGAUUGGUUACCCUGAUCAAGGCCUUAUUCAGAAAAUACAUCAGAUGCCUUUUUGUGAAUGGGUUUAAGUUUAUGGACAUCUCACUCUCUCAUGUGCUUUCUUCUUUGCUCCCCCCACCCCCAUAAUGCAUCCCAUACUUAUGCACUCCCUCUUUCUUGAUGGAGUUGAGGGAAUACCUGAAAGUCCCUUAAUAAUGUUAAGAAUCAAGAGAGACAAAUUGUUGCUUUUUUUUUUUUUUUUUGAAAUUUUGAACAUAUUGACCAUGUCAACUAACACUACAGAUUAAAAUCAUCAUCAACAAACACAAAGCUUAAAAAGCCAGCAACAACAAGUAGUAAUCUGGGAGAUAAAGCGAGAACACUAAUCCUGAUAGUCUUGCAGGUUGUCUUAAAUGUGAAUGUUGAAUUAGUGUUUCUGAGAUUUGCUGAGUGGCUAGACUCAGCGGUGCUUCAUGACUUGGUGUAAAAAUGCCUGACCCUGAGGAAAGCAGGCAGCUCAGUCUGAUCAGUGAUCCCUUCAAUCUUGUGAUGCUCCAGCGGUUAGCAUUGACCUGUCAAUAUUCGGUGUGUCUGUCUCCAUCACCCUCUGUUGUUGUCUUUCAAAUUAAAUGUAUAUGGCAUCAAGUUCUUUCCAGGCAGUUUUGAACCUCCCUUGCCCUUAUUAAUGGCUUUAAAUAUGUCUUUGACCUCUUCAUGGGGGAUUGUAGAUUUUAAGUGUGUGAUGUAAAUGCCUAAGGACAGUAGAGCGUAACAUAGCACCGCACUUCAGACUUGCUCUCUCAGCUCCUGCCUGGGUGAUGGAUGGGCUUUGACUAGCAUAGCAGCUCUUUCUCUUGUAGAACUUGUUUCUUUUGAAAUCUCUGGACCAUGUUCUUGCAUUUUCUCAAGCAGUGGGUUCUUGGUUCCCUCCUGAGCUUGUUGUGUCCUUUGCUGUCUGCUUCAGUGCACACGAUGCUGUAAUUGCCUAGUAAUUAGAGAAGGGGUCUUAAGGGAAAAGGCCCUUCCUCAAGAAGGAAGUAUCAUUGGAAAGCCCAGCAAGAGGAAGAGGGGAGACAGAGUUAUUUGCUUCUCUUGGUGAGAGAUUUGAGUUCUAGUUGGUUUUGUUUUGUCCAUUCUGGAGAGAAAAGUAACCUACGUUUUUACUCCAUUUGUCCUUAGACUGCGGGAAGAGUUGGGGAGUGACUUGUGUAAGCCUGUGGAUGUCCAUAGGUGCAGUCAGGACGCUGGAGGCCUGCAGGAGGGUGCAGCCAGACCCCUCUGCAGGCUCCUUCCAGAGGAGGCUUGCAGGAGGUUUCAAACAUAUUUUUCCUUUAAGUGCCUCUUUUCCACCUAGCUUUAACAUUCUUCUUCUUUUUCUCUUAGUCCAGAAGAGAUCUUUUUAGUCUGUAUGAAUUUAAAGUCACCUUUGAGUUACAGUAAAAAAGUUCCUGCCCGGAGUGCAGUCCUAGGGAGGCCUCUCGACUUCUGCUCCUCCCAGGCCUUCUGCUCCAUCCAUGUGGGUUAGGUUAGUGGAACCUUUGUGCUGCGGUCCUGAGAGAAGCCCUUAUCUGUGAGGGAAGGCAGCUGCUCCUCUAGGAGUCCCAGCCCCAGUUCUUACUACUCCCUGUUGGUAUGGCUUUUGCUUCCUGCCACCAAUAGGUACAAUCCUCAUAGGCCCCCUCUCCAGAGCAAGUCAGCCUGAGCCACUUUGUGUGCUCAAAACUGUGUGACUCUGGGCCAGGUCUCCUGGACACAUGGUGGAAAUAUAUCCCAAACUAAAUAAGCCAUGUUUUCUAGGGUGACAGAAGGAUUUUUGUCAUUGGUUUAUAUAGGGACCAAAGACAAUGUUCAGCCUCUGUGGUUUGACCCACAUGAUCCUUGGACUACAAAGAGGUGUCUCUGGUUCUGUUACACCAGAAAGCUGUAGAAAGGGGGCUGAUUCAAGCCACACUUGUUGGCAUCCUUUUUAAGCCCUUUGAAGGAAGUCAGUCUCUUUGAGAUAGAUGUUGGAGGCCUGACAUCAGCGACCUUCUGCAUCUUAGAAGUACAAGCUUGGUCUAAAGUGUCUUUGAAUAGAACACUAGAGAAAGUGGCGCAGGGAGCAGCUGAGUGCUGCAGCCACUCGCACGCACAUGUUCUAGAUGCCAAAUGACUGUGGAGGAGGACUCAAGGGAGGUGGCUGGUCCUCGAAGGGCCACCAGCAUUUUGGUUUCUCCAUAACCAGCACUUGGAUUCCCGAGGCAUCACCUGAUGUGGGCAGGUUGCGAUGCCUGCUGCUCCUCUGCCUCUGAGGUACGCCCAGCCAUCUUCCCGCAGUCCUGGAAGUGCAAGUGCAAUAUAUAGAAACGUGGUCUGUACAGAUUAUGUAGACGCGAUGACUGUAGAGCAGUUACACUACUUCCUGUUCCUGUCUUGGGCAAGUCAGCUCAUUACCCUAGAGUACAGUUAUGCCAGGAAUUUUUAAUGUGAUCAUACGCCAACUUCUUGGUGAAGCUGGAUUUAUUUCAGGUCCAUGUUUUCUUAUUCUAGUUAUAAAAUACUGUUCCUCGGUUUAUUAGAGUUGAGGGGUUUUUCCCCCAUCCCUGUUUGUACUAUCUUCUGUUUGCAUGUGUUGCCCAGGUGGAGAAUUAAAACCUAAUAUUAACACAGUUUCCCCCAUAUAUGCUAGUUUAUCUGGGACUGUAAUACCUUAUUAAAUGAUGCCUUUUUUUCUAUAAGGUAUUUUCCACUUUGCAGAAAACUGCAAACAGUAUAUAAUAGAUUGAAACUUCACCUGCUUUUCAGGGCAAACAAAACCCUUUUUUCCCACUGGCAGAAAUCAUCUUUCAGGGCCUAAUGACUUGAUAAAAAUCUUGCUUUAUAGCAUUCAUGUCCAGUACAGAGCUAGAUUUAAAAUAUAUAUAUAUAUAUGAUGAAAAUAUUAACAUUUCUAGAUUAAAAGUAUGACUGAUCUUUUGUUAUCCAUAGUAGCAAGGUGAAAGCACACACAAUCGAAAUCCAUAGAUAAUCAGUGUUUCAACUUAUCCAUCAAGAAUUGAUUUACAUAUCUUUUCCUGUCCUGUUCCUCUUCCCCCAACGUCCCCUUUUCGAGGGACUAGAAGUCAGGAAAGGAAAAGUAGCUCAAAGAAGGGCCAGCAGCUAAUAUUAACAUGGGACCAGGCCAGGGUCCCAUUUAGCCUAGAGGUAUUAGACACCGAUAGGAGAUUGAACACAGGUGGGGGCCUUGAGCAUGGUCUGCUGCUGAGUUCUCUGCCGCCUCCCGACCAGAGAGAGCUCUUAGUUCCUGUGGGAUGAACAGGCUGUGUUGGACAGAAACAGAAACCCCACUAUUUGAGCACAUUUCUUGGCAAAGCUUGCUUUUUCUGUUUCUUCCUUUGGAGUCACCUUCUGCAGUGAAAUGUCCCGGUGUGCAUCAAGGGUGCUCUGUCCUCUUGGACUGUGUUGGUUUUGUCUCCUGUAAAAGCUGUUUGGUUUUCUGUGAUCUUGGAGAUGCGUAGAGAGUGGCCCUCCCACUAACACUCUGACCCAGCACAGAAGCCAUUUUCCCUUUUGUUCUUUCUGGUUUCCUGAUGUUGGGCUUUAGGGUGAAUGAGGGAGGGUUUAUUGUUACAGCCAGGCUUUUUACUACAGCCUGGUUACUACAGGUGUAAAUUCCAUUGGUCCCCAGGUACCUUGGAACUCCAGAAGCUUUGGCUGGGCCUGAAGCCGGCGCAGUGGAGUUGUGGGACCUCCGUAUGUUGUCACCCGUCUAAGUUUGUGAGAUUUGGAAGAAAAAGAAAAAAUAUAUAUAUAUCUCCCCUUGUUUGGUGUCAGAAACAGAAGUUCUAAGUUGUGCUUCAAUGGUAGUGCCAUCUUCUUGGUGUUCUUUCCAUGUUGUUAAUCUUUUUUAAAACUUUUGAGAAGUUUUUUUUAAAGGUCCCGCUUAGUCUGCACAGGGCGAGUCAGAGGCAGUUUUCAGAGAAAAGGCCAAUUUCACUGAGUCGUUGUCAUACUGUUGUGCAGUUACAUGCAGGAGCACAAAGGAGGCAGCUGGAAGCCCACUGACUGGGGUAGUCUUAGGGAGAGUGUGUACAGAGGCUGUAGGGACAGGCAGGGAAGGACAGCCUCCCUUUGGAGCUGCUCUGAGGCUGGGCCAGACUCUGCUCUUCCUGCAGGUAUUCGAGGCCAUACACAGUGCUUGCCUUACUUUGAAGCUAUUUGCCACAGUCCUGUUACACAGUGUGGGUGUCCUUUUGCAGUCUGGUGUGCAUGCCAUGUGAUCAGGACAGCUUUUCCACCUCCCCGGUUUCCUAUGAGCAAGUAAAUCUACCCUGAAAUGUUCGAUCUGUACUUACCUACCUUGUCAGUGUUCGCUGUUGGUUUUCUAAAACAAUCUGAUCAAUAAAUCUAAAUCUACUUGG